CCACCUUAUAUUUCAUCAGGCAUCCCUUUCCUUGGACAUGCAAUUGCAUUUGGAAAAAGUCCCAUUGAAUUUUUGGAAAAUGCUUAUGACAAGUAUGGACCUGUGUUCAGUUUCACCAUGGUUGGCAAGACAUUCACAUACCUACUGGGCAGCGAUGCUGCUGCUCUACUCUUCAACAGUAAAAAUGAAGAUUUGAAUGCAGAGGAUGUGUACUCCCGGUUAACUACACCAGUUUUUGGCAAGGGAGUUGCUUAUGAUGUCCCUAACGCGCUGUUUCUGGAACAGAAGAAGAUGCUCAAAACUGGGCUAAACAUUGCCCAGUUUAAACAGCAUGUGUCUGUGAUUGAAGAAGAAACAAAGGAGUAUUUCAAAGCAUGGGGAGAGAGAGGAGAGAAAAACUUAUUUGAAGCCCUCUCAGAACUCAUCAUUUUGACAGCAAGUCAUUGCUUACAUGGGAAAGAAAUCAGAAGCUUGCUGAAUGAGAAGGUGGCUCAGCUGUAUGCCGACCUGGAUGGGGGUUUUACUCAUGCUGCCUGGCUCCUGCCUGGUUGGCUCCCUCUGCCGAGCUUCAGACGUCGAGAUCGAGCACACAGAGAAAUAAAGAAUAUUUUCUACAAGGUUAUCCAGAAACGUCGGAAGUCUCAGGAAAAGGAGGACGACAUGCUCCAAACUCUGCUUGAUGCGUCAUACAAGGACGGCCGCCCGCUGACAGAUGAUGAAAUUGCUGGAAUGCUGAUCGGGCUGCUGCUGGCAGGGCAGCACACAUCCUCCACCACCAGCGCCUGGCUGGGCUUCUUCAUCGCCAGGGACAAACCCAUACAGCAACAGUGCUAUGCAGAACAGAAAGCAGUUUGUGGGGAUGACUUGCCACCCUUAACUUACGACCAGCUCAAGGAUCUCAGUUUGCUGGAUCGCUGUCUAAAGGAAACUUUAAGGCUUAGACCUCCUAUAAUGACCAUGAUGAGAAUGGCCAGAACUCCCCAGACUGUUGCUGGAUACAAUAUUCCCCCUGGCCAUCAGGUCUGUGUAUCUCCCACUGUUAACCACAGACUCAGGGACUCCUGGAAAGAUGCUCUAGACUUCAAGCCUGACAGAUACCUCCAAGACAAUCCAGCAGCUGGAGAGAAAUUUGCAUACGUUCCAUUUGGCGCAGGCCGUCAUCGCUGCAUUGGAGAAAACUUUGCUUAUGUUCAGAUUAAGACCAUUUGGUCUACUUUACUUCGUUUGUAUGAAUUUGAUCUCGUCAAUGACUAUUUUCCAACUAUAAAUUACACCACGAUGAUACACACACCUAAUAACCCCAUUAUCAGAUAUAAGAGGAGGUCACUGUAAAUUCUGGUGCUAAAACCUUACUUAAGUUGUGUGAACUAACAGACUUGUGAAUAAAAUUGUG